AUGAAUGUGCACUCUAAAACUCGGGACAGUGCUAAAACUUCCACGAGAUAUUCCUUCGAUAAUGUAAGAGAAAGAACUGUUCACUUGAUCAGGGCAUGUGUGGUUAUCAUGCAAGCUUGUCAAAAUGAAAUGCCUGAAUCGUAUGAUGUUAGUCUACGAUUGUAUUAUAAUGAAGAUGCACCAGAAGGCUACCAAGCCCCUGGUUUCCUGACCACUGGUGAGGAACAGGACCAUUUAGAGCAGACGUUACCAGAAACAGUGAAGCUAGGAUGGGUGGAGACGCCGUUUCAUAGGAUCACGGCCCGCACUUAUAUCAGGGAGAAUAUGGGCUCCAGCCAUGAUGCUAUCUCUGAAUUAUUAUUAUUUUAUACCAUAGGUUCUGCUAUGAAGAGUGUUUCGGACUCGAGUGAGGUGCGAGUUCAGUGUCCGUGUAAUAAACACGAUCUUGAUGAAACGAACCAUGCCAUACUUACUUGCCAGUACUGCAACACGCAACAACAUGCAGCAUGUUUUGGCCUUACACGUGAGAAUGCGUGUAAAGUACAACGCCAUUGUUGCACUGAAUGUUCUGAUAUGGAUCCUAGUAGGCAGCCCACUGACCAGCGACUGGCAACCCUCACCAUCAAGAAGCGAGAAUGCCUCUGCAUAUUCCGACGUACAAUUGAAUGGUGUUGCCACGUGGCCACCAUAGGAGCGCAGGAUCUAGCCGACAAGUUCGCGCUGUCACCCGUGAACGCGUCCAAACUAAUGAAGCUGUUACAUUCACAUGGUAUUAUUAAUCAGGGAUCUGAGUCUGAUCUCAUUUCACCGUGCGAAAUAAUCCCGGACCAAUUAAAGUCGGUUAUGAGCAAAUUCUUCCAACAAGAAGAGACAGACUUGGUAGACAGGUUGAUUGCCGAAACUUUAUCUCAGAGCAGCCAACCCGACCCAAUAGGAGAGGUCCUUAGUCCUAUGGAAAAGGUAAACUUACAGAAUGCUACCACACUUGGUAGGAUUAUAGAACCAGAACAAAUACAGAUUGUCGAAGACGAGACUUUAAAAGAAUAUAGGAAUGCAAUAAUGCGUGACGUGGAUAACGAAGAAGGGUUACCUUUAAGUGGUAGUCAUAAUCCUGUCAAUGUGGAAGACUUGGGUAAAAGAACGGGUAAAAGGAAGUUGGAUACGUCUAAAAAGUCGGGAGUCCGUACUAAAAGGGCUAGAGCUUCUCACGAUUAA